AUGCAAAACGUUCAAUCCGGACUUCAAGAUGAGAUCAACUUCUGCAGAACUCGUGCUGACUCUCUCAGAGGAGAAUACACCAAGAUUGAGGCAAUUGCCAAGCCACAACGUGAGAAGCGUCAAGCUUAUCAAUGCUGCUCUUGCGGAAUGGGACCAGCUGGACCAUUAGGAAACCCAGGACAAGACGGUGCCCCAGGAAUGGAUGGACGUCCAGGAGCUCCAGGACAGCCAGGACCUGACGCACAAGCUGAUCGCGGACAACCAAAACCAGAAGAUUUCUGCUUCGAAUGCCCAGUUGGACCAGCUGGACCACCAGGAGAACCAGGACCAAAAGGACAACCUGGAAACCCAGGAGCUGGAGGAGAACAAGGACCACCAGGAAGAGGAGGUGCUCCAGGAGCCCCAGGACCACAAGGACCACCAGGAGAACCAGGAAACGACGGAAUCCCAGGACGUCCAGGAGCUCCAGGACAAGUUCGCACCGUUCCAGCUCCACCAGGUCCACCAGGACAACCAGGAGAUCAAGGACCACAGGGACCACCAGGAGAAGACGGAAGACCAGGAAACCCAGGACAAGCCGGUCCACCAGGAUCCCCAGGAGACUGCGGUCAAGACGGAACUCCAGGAAACCCAGGAGCCCCAGGAGAAGGCGGAGAGCCAGGACACGACGGACCAAAGGGAGGUUGCGAUCACUGCCCAGUGCCAAGAACUGCUCCAGGAUAUUAA